GGCGGGGCCGGGCGGGGCGGGCGCGGGCGGCGGGGCCGGGCGGCGCCCCCGGGCAAUAUGUUCAAGAGAAUGGCAGAGUUCGGGCCUGACUCCGGCGGCAGGGUGAAGGGCGUUACCAUCGUGAAGCCCAUCGUGUACGGGAACGUGGCGCGGUAUUUCGGGAAGAAGAGAGAGGAGGAUGGUCACACUCACCAGUGGACGGUGUACGUGAAGCCGUACCGGAACGAGGACAUGUCUGCAUAUGUGAAAAAAAUUCAAUUCAAGUUGCAUGAAAGUUAUGGUAAUCCUUUAAGAGUUGUUACCAAACCACCGUAUGAAAUCACCGAAACAGGCUGGGGUGAAUUUGAAAUAAUCAUUAAGAUAUUUUUCAUUGAUCCAAAUGAAAGACCUGUAACUUUAUAUCACUUGCUGAAGCUUUUUCAGUCGGAUACCAAUGCCAUCCUGGGGAAGAAAACUGUAGUUUCUGAAUUCUAUGAUGAAAUGAUAUUUCAAGAUCCUACUGCAAUGAUGCAGCAGCUGUUAACAACAUCUCGUCAACUAACGCUAGGUGCUUAUAAACAUGAAACAGAGUUUGCAGAUCUUGAAGUGAAAACCAGGGAGAAGCUCGAAGCUGCCAAAAAGAAGACUAGUUUUGAAAUUGCUGAGCUGAAAGAAAGACUAAAAGCAAGUCGUGAAACCAUCAACUGUUUAAAGAGUGAAAUAAGAAAACUUGAAGAAGAUGAUCAGUCUAAAGAUAUGUGACAAGUGCUGACUUGAGUGUGUACUGAAAAUGGAAAGACUUCAGUCAUGGAAUUGUAUGAGUUCUCUUCAGUUCUGUAACUGAGACUAUGAGAAUUUCACUGGCAAAUGAUUGAAGUUUGUGGCAAUCAACUCCAUAAAUGGAAGAAAAAAGAAAGAAUGUAUCCUUGUUUUAUAGUUAAUAUCUGUGGGUACUUAACAAUUUGUUUCAAGUGGAAGUGGUCUUGAAGACCGGACUACUUUUUCUUCAGAAACUGCAUUUGAGUGGUGUAUGAAAACUUUGUAUUCAGUCUUGUAUUAGUUACAAAAUGCUGGUGUUUACUUUUUUUACUUUUUUUUUUUCCUACUGAUUGUUUAGAGAUGCAUCUUUAAAGCUAAAAAUAAAAUACGCAGUUUUUUAUUUUAA